AUGAGUUUUCGUCAAGGCGGUCGUGGAGGAGGAGGAGGUGGUAAUAGUUACAUGAAAACUUUACCAUUUGGGUUAGGUUAUUCAGAUGUCGGUUAUAAUCAUAUCACUGAAUUUCCAAGCAUCCCAUUACCAUUAAAUUACCCAAUUUCAUCCAGAGAAAGAUCUCGUGCUGUUACGUACAUUAAAUUUAUACAGAGCGUUAAAGAUAGUCCAUUUUAUACCGGUGCUUUACCUUUACCUUCUGAAUUGCAACAAGAACAUGAACUUGAGGAUGAAUAUGAGGUUGAUCAAGAUGGGAAGAAAAGGAAGAAGAACAAGAAGAAGAGUAGUAGUAGUAAUGCGAUGACCCAAGAACUUACAGAAGAUGGAUUUAAUGAUGGAAUUGAAAGGUACUCAGAUAGAUAUUUGAAGAAAAGGAAAAUUACAACCUCUAUUGAUGAUCAUCCUUACCAUUUGGAAAUCUUCCCAAAGGAAUUGUAUAGUGUUAUGGGUAUCAACAAGAAAAAAUUAUUAAAUAUUAAUAAAUUUAGUAAUAAAGAUGAUAUAUUUACAGGCUCCAUUCAAGAUGAGAAAGCAGGUUUGUCAAUGCUGGAAAAAUUGAAGGAAUUGGCUGAAGAUGUCGACGAAGAUGAAAAUGCCGAUCAAGAUACUAAGAAAUCUCUUGUAGACCAUGAAGACGUAGAAGAUGAUGAAUUUGAUGAUGAAUCUGAUAACGAUGAUUAUAACGGGGAGAAAUAUUUCGAUAACGGUGACGAUGAUGACUACGGUGAUGAAGAAGAUGGUGGAGAUGAGCCAGCUUUCUGA